GAAGAAAAUCUAGGCAGAUAUCAGGAACCUAUCGAAUCGAUUCGAAUAGCGAGCAAGAAGAGUUGCGAGGAACAAGUUGUUCUCCGGACAACACUUACUCCAGACAGGUCUGCUCACUUUUAUCAGACCUCUUGCUAAAAUUCUGCACAAGAGAUCCCAUUCCUCUUCAGAAGCAACAAUGGGGACAAAGCUUCUUCAUCCUCAAAUUCCUUCCCACGUGCUUCCUUCUUCAAUACCAACGUUACCAAAGAUGAUCAGAAGUCAAACUCAAAAGUCACCCUCAACAAAUCACCCAAUCCAAAGUAAUUUUACCGUACAUAGAUCCAAUUUCGCCAUUAAAGUUACAGAAUCAAGCUCUAGCCUAGUAGGCKACCAAGAAGAAGAAGAAGGAAUAGCACCAGAUGAGUCUCCAUUAGAUUAUUCAACAAUUGCUCGAGUCAAAACAGACAUUAAUAAGGCAACGCAAGGAAUCAAUCGAGGCAUUUUUGGAAUCCCAAGCGAAAAGAAAUCCGAAAUUGAAGAUAUGGUGAAGGUGCUGGAGUCUCUGAAUCCAAAUCCACACCCAACAGUUGACCUUGAUAAGUUGGGUGGAUGCUGGAAGCUGAUAUAUAGUACAAUAACAAUCCUGGGAUCCAAAAGAACGAAAUUGGGAUUGCGAGAUUUUAUCAGUUUGGGAGAUUUCUUGCAAGUUAUUGAUGUUGCUAAGGGGAAAGCAGUUAAUGUGAUCAUGUUCAAUGUGAGAGGGCUGAACUUGUUCAGUGGGAAGCUUGUAAUUGAGGCCUCCUUCAAGAUUUCUUCUAAAUCAAGAGUUGCCAUUAGUUACGACACCUCAACUAUCGUCCCUGAUCAGUUGAUGAACAUGUUCCGUAAAAACUAUGACAUUCUUCUCAGAAUCUUCAAUCCUGAUGGGUGGUUAGAGAUAACAUAUGUGGAUGAAACCCUUAGAAUAGGAAGGGAUGAUAAAGGCAACAUCUUCAUAUUGGAGAGAUCAAAGGAGACCAAUACCUAACUCUUGCUUUCAUAUUCAUUUUCGAUGCAAUGAAGAUGUUCAUAAAUCUGUAAUUGUUUUUAUUGUUUUCAUGUGAAGAAACAAAUGUUUAGUGAUUAUUACUAUGCUUACAUACCCGGCUCAAAUUAUUGGAAAACAAUCGAAUCGAGGGUCUAUUUUCUCUGACUUGACUCAGCUUGACCUACUUGACUCAACGGUUAGAGAAAUCUCUUGCUAUGA